AACUCCAGUUCUAGGGAUCUGACAUUCUUCUCACUCAGUAGGCACCAGGCAUGCACGCGUUGAACAGCCACACAUGCAAGCAAAACACGUACACACAUAAAAUAAAGAUAAAUAAGUCUAAUAAAUAAUUUUUAAAUAAAAAACUCGAGUUUCUGCCCUUUUAGUUUUGGUUUCUUUUCGGAUUUAAAUGUUUGCUCCAUCUGGAUUUACUUGAUGUUAAGCAAUGACGGAGGGGGCCAAUUUCUAUUUUUCCAAGUGGACGGCCAGCUGUCCCUGUGCCGUUAGAUUGGAAAACUUCACACUCCACCAGCUCGCAGACUACGAAACUGCACUCCUCCGCACACACAGUGGCUGCAAAGCAGGCGCCGCGUCACCAGCAGAGGCAGCCGGUGCCGGCUAAACCGAGGCACCGCCCUUGGGGGUGUGGGGGGGCGUUGUAAGAAAAAAGGAAAGGUGAAGACCCCGCCCCCAGAGAAAACAAGGCCCGCCCACUCGAAGGCUAAAGCCCCGCCCACAAGCCCAGGCCCUCUCCUCUAAGGUCUGCGAAGCCAAUGGGGCUGUCCCAGAGAGCAAGUCAAACAUCCGGCGAGUCCUCGGGCGUUAUUUGCAUAGAGGCGGGGCCUCAGGGGUGGAGCCCAAGCCAUUUCAGAGCGCGCCUCAUUUGCAUAGAGUCCUCCACCUCCCGCCGCGGAGCAGGCACUACUUCCUCUCCUCGCAAGCUUCCUCGCUGUCCUUCCGCCUUCUCUCCCGACCGCGGUUUCCUCGGUUCUGCCGCCUUCCGUGCCUCCUGAGUUCCGUGUGCAGAUGCUUCCCAAGCGGCGGCGAGUGCGGACCGAGUCCCCACACCGCGCUGUAGCUUCCUCCGCGCCGCCGCCGGCGCGCUUCCCGGGUGUGGCCAUCUACCUGGCCGAGCCGCGCAUGGGCCGCAGUCGCCGGGCCUUCCUCACGCGCCUGGCGCGGUCCAAAGGCUUCCGCAUCCUAGAUGCCUACAGCUCAGAGGUGACGCAUGUGGUGAUGGAGCAGACCUCAGCCAAGGAGGCCACCUGCUGGCAGAAGAAUAUGGCUGCUCAUCACCCAGGCGGCCCCCAGCCAGUUCUGCUGGACAUCAGCUGGUUUACAGAGAGCAUGGCAGCUGGGCAGCCUGUCCCUGAGGAGGUCCGGCACCGCCUGGAGAUAGCGGAACCCAAGAAGGAGCCCCCAGGCUCAGUGAUGAUGCCAACUUAUGCCUGUCAACGUCCCACGCCUCUUACACACCACAAUACUAUCCUCUCAGAGGCUCUGGAGACGCUGGCAGAGGCAGCAGGUUUUGAAGGCAAUGAGGGCCGUCUCCUCUCCUUCUGCAGAGCAGCCUCGGUACUCAAGUCCCUUCCCUGGCCUGUCACAUCCAUGAGCCAGCUGCAGGGGCUGCCCCACCUUGGAGGACAUUCCUCUAGAGUAAUCCAGGAGCUGCUAGAACAUGGAACUUGUGAGGAGGUGGAGCAAGUCCGCUGCUCAGAAAGGCACCAGACCAUGAAGCUCUUCACCCAAGUCUUUGGGGUUGGUGUGAAGACUGCCAACCGGUGGUACCAGGAAGGACUCCGAACCCUGGAUGAGCUCAGAGAGCAGUCCCAGAAACUGACCAAACAGCAGAAAGCAGUACUACCAGGACCUGAGCACCCCAGUUGGGCGAGCCGAUGCCGAGGCUCUGCAGCAGUUGGUGGAGGCGGCCGUGAGUCAGACUCUGCCUGGAGCCACUGUCACGCUGACUGGUGGUUUCCGGAGGGACUGGUCCUGUAUCACCAGCACCAUCGCAGCCACUUAGACUCUGCCCAUCUCCUGCGUCAGAACUACAACAUGGACGCUUUUGAGAGGACUUUCUGCAUCUUGUCCUUGCCCCAACCCACACACACAGCUUUAGAGGGGCCCCUACAUCCCUGUCCAACCUGGAAAGCUGUGAGGGUAGAUCUUGUGGUCACCCCCAACAGCCAGUUCCCCUUCGCUCUUCUUGGUUGGACUGGCUCCCAGCUUUUUGAGCGGGAGCUGCGGCGUUUCAGUCGGCAAGAGAAGGGGCUGUGGCUGAACAGCCAUGGGCUGUUUGAUCCUGAACAGAAGACAUUUUUUCAUGCAACUUCUGAGGAAGACAUUUUCAGACUCCUGGGUCUCAAGUACCUUCCUCCAGAGCAGAGAAACGCCUGAUCCUGCCCGCUGGCCGCCACACCCACCCACAAAAAUGAGGGGUUUCCUCAUGUUUGACCAGGGAUGUUUCUAGACAGAAGGUGGACUGCCACCCCAUGGCCUUGCCUGUGCUAAUGGAAUUUUCAGCUGCGGGCACAUUGGCAAGAUGUGGCCUUGAGUCAGCUUUCAGCCUCGCACUCAUCAGAGUCAGGGGCUCUGAGCAGUCCGUACAUCAUGGAACUAUGGCCGUCUGAUGUCUUGCUUCUGGUCCUGGUAUGAGCAUUUGGUCUAUCCAGCCGUGGCUGCCGUCUACAGCAGGGUACCCUGUUCGAUGUGCUAGAAAAGAGACACGUGUCCCUGCCCCGUUCUUGAGCUGAUAUAGGAAAUAUAAUUUAUGGCUGUGAGGUGUUACACAGAGCAAGAAUCCUGACUGAGGGCUAUGCCGCCAUGUCUAGAGGAAGAAGUGACCUAGGAAGGAAACCUCCUGUGCUGGGGCUGUCUGGCACCACCACCCACAGAGCUGGGAGCCAGACUUCAUUAGCAGCACAGCCCCAGAGUUAGCACCCACAUUCCUCCUCUUCCACUCCUCCAUACUCCAGCCUGAGCUGAGCCAGGCCUGCCCACCCACAGUCUCCUGUGCAUCCACAGUCCCAGCAGUGACGUCUGGGAGGGCUGGUUCCUCAGACAGACAGUGCAGCCCAGCCUGGCAGCGGUACUGAACACCAGCAAGAUCAGUGGGCAGCAACCGAGGGCUCUCGCCCUCCUGACUCGUGAGGUGCAGGCUCCCCUGUCCUAUCUUUUCCGACAGCCCUGCAGCAGUCCCAGACCUGUAGUCCUCACGCAGGUCCUGUGGCUCUGGCAUUUCUGUCGUCUCUUCCAGUGUCAGCUGUGUUCCUCUAGUUCAGUCUCCCCCCACUUUCCCAGUUCACCGCCCGUCCCUGUGUGCAGACCCUGUGUGACCAACCACGUCACCUUCUCUGAGGCAGACAUACUGAAGUGCUCUCUAGUUCCUCAUCCCCAGGCACCUCUGGCUCAAAAGGCCCUCACCCACUGUCCUAGUGCCCACUCUCGCUGCCUUCUUCAGGGCCUGACAGAGAAGAGCCUCCUAGAUCAACCACGGCAUUAGCAAGCGUUUUAAAGAUUACCAUUCAAUAAAGUGCAUUCUUACGGCGUAUGAGCAAGGCUUACCCCAACUCAUGCAUUUGGCUUCGUCCCUACAAAUAGGUCACAGAUGUGCAGCUAGACUUUGUGUCAGCCAUUGUUGGUCUGGGUUAGCAAAUGCUCUUGGGGCCCCUGCAGUGUUACAUGUAUCAAACUUAGUACUCCAGCUGCUACACGUUGUGAGCAUUCCACUGUCCACUCAGGUCCUGAAGGUUUACACUGGCUUUAUGACUGUGACUAGGACUGCAGUGGGCAUGCAUGUAAGUGUAUCUGAACAGUUGCUGGGGUAACAUACCCCCGGGACAUUGCUGUGCUUGGAUUUCUUGUUUCCUGUUCCGUGAGUUUUCCCCUUCUAAUAAAUAAAAUAUAAUUGUUUUAUCCUUA